AGAAGUGCUCGGGCCCGGUUUGACCUUUUGUGGCCUUGGUUGCGCGCGGCUUUUUCGAGGUUGGGAGGAUGCUGCGCGACAGAGGUCUAUAGGACCGUGGUGGUGGGAGGAGAGCACGGAGGGGGAUGGAAUGGUGCGGUGGAUGAAAUUUGCGGGAUGGUGGUUGCGAGGGAGCGUGCACGAAUAUAUAUCUGAAGAUUGCUCGGCGAUUCUUCGCCCAUAUUCUUGUUUAUUGAAACUAACUGACGCUUCGCCAUCUCGGAAGGUAUACAAGACUAAUGAAUCUAGGGCAGGAAUAAAAUAUACCCACCGGCUGGUGUCCAAGCUGUGCACGGUACGGUAA